UGCACUGCCUGCUCCCGUGUUUGAGCGUGCAAUAGCCGACUAUUGCACGGUUGCCAUGUGCAAUGAUGUGUUGGCGUGCUAUAUCUGAUUCCUGUGAAUGCAAUGUGGCGCGCAUUCAUCCAAUCGGCUCUCAAGGAUCUAUGCAUGUGUCGUAUAAUUUAUUUAUAAUUCCUUAUUUUCCAUUUUCUACAUAAACGACCCGGACAUCUGUCCUGCUGAUAGCUGGGCUUAUGAAGCGGGCAAUAUAUACCUGUUUUCUUACCUUCACCAAUGUGCUGAAUUGGUGGGAUGCUCGAGGUGCAUGCGCUUCUGACAGUCGUCCUGGCCAACUUGCCAAAAUACCCGACCAAGCUACCCAAGAAUUUCUGGAAGGGAAACUCCAAGGCCAAACGACCUCUUUCUGGAUAGCAGCUUUCAAAGGGUUGAAGUGGUACUGGGAAUAGGACCAGAUCACAUUGCAAUGUGGUCCUUUCAGCAUGACUGUGACGGUACCGGUGAGUCGUCUUGGAGAGGUGACGAGUGGUGAGGACCUCUAUCUCUUAAGGGAUGACAACUGCACAGGGACCAUCUCUGCUGAUAUGCAUUUCAUCAGUAUCACAACAAACCUCACCGAUUGCAACAACGAAGUAACGGAAAACGAUGAAGACAUCGUGUACAGCAACACUGUGAUAUCAAGGGAGAGUAGUGGAAAAGUAAUCACACGGAUCAAAAUGGUCUCUAUACCGCUCUUCUGUUCCUACAACCGAUCCGAAGAAGUCGGACUAUUGUCCUACCGGGUCACGAACUACCGGCUUAAUCUAACCGAGGACUCCACUGGACAAUACGACUUUUCACUCGAUAUCUUCAAGGACAGCGGCUUCCUUGAGAAGUACGCCGACUCUGAGUACCCGGUGGACGUGGAGCUUAAUGAAGAUCUGUACUUUGGAGCGUCGGUGCCUUCUCAAGAUGGGUCCUUAGAUCUGGCUAUCAAAGGCUGUGUGGCUACACCAUCUGCGUCGUACAACGACAAACAGUGGACCAUUAUUGGAGAAGAUGGGUGUGCCUAUGAAUCAACGACUCAAAUCGAUGAUGACCGUCUUGCCUUUGUGGCUGUCACUAUGAAUACCUUCCGGUUCGUCGAGUUGGGGAAUAGGGUUUACAUCCACUGCGAUUUAUUGGUGUGUCAAGCGACCACCGGAGGUGAUAUAUCAGAAUGUGACCCAAGUUGCAGCGAAACACUCGGAAAUCGCAAUCGCCGUGAUACCAUCAAAAAGUACAGUCUUGACAAGAAGAGGAUCACCAAAGGACCACUAAGACUGAGAAGAAAUUCUCAUUUCAAUCCACUAAAGUAUGACAAGAUAGAGACCAAAGAGAAGUCAGCUCUCUAUCAGAACGUCAAUCCCUGGAUCAUAUUGACAGUUGCUAUGGCAACCAUUUGUAUCUUCGUCGUUGCCGUGCUCUUCGUCGUACUCCAUAAGAUUAGUGUCUAUACCCGUCGCACGAAGGUUGAUGGCUCUUAUGACCAGACCCGUGAAGCACUUCUAAAAUCAUAAGAAAAUCUAAUGAAAAUAGGUUCAUAGAUAGUAUAUCCGUCCGCUCUUAAUCAUGUUAAAAGAAAGACAUACUAAAUAAAGAACCUUUGAUUAUUUUCAAACUAUGUAGCGAAGGGUUGGAGAAGACAAAAUGGAAUCGACUUGAUAUUUCCAUAUUUCCAUUGCAAUGAAAUGACGUGAAUGAUUCGUAUUUACAUGCCCUUAGAGAUCUUGUAAGAAAUUGUAAACAGACAGGCCGAUCAGCAUUUCAUCUAAAAGUGAUUUUCUUAAAAAAAUCAACUUUCCUAGUUCUGGGCAUCAUCAAAUAUUAGUUUAUUCUUAUUCUUCGAUGUCCGUAAUAUAGAUGAUACCUUUGUACAUCAUUAUAACUUUAUUUUGUUAAAUGGAGAAUGGAAAGUGUACGAGGUUGCAUGGGUAAUGAUGAAAUCAAAGACCUGAAAGAAGAAUUCUUCUGGAAAUAUUAGUAAAAUCACAUAAUCAUUUUAGUUGUGUAAAUAGUUAUAUCUCUGUCGAACCAUCCCCUAAUACUACACACCCCCUAGAAAAUGAUUCAGAUCAUUCUCAUUAUAUCUGAAUAACUUUGUAAAUAAUUUUGCUAGUGGCGGUAUUUAGAUAAAUCCUUAAACCUAUAUAGCAUUGUAAUUUCAUUUUCGUUGAACACUAGAAUAAUGUCUUUAAUUCGCAUUUUGAUAUUAGAAUCCUUCGUAUCACAUAGGUCAAAUACUUUAUCGUCUUCACUAACAUAUGUCAUAAUGAAAAAGUUUUUUUACAAAGUAUAAUUAUGUGUAGUUCUACAAAUUUUUGCAUAUCAAUCGAGGAAUGAUUGGAAUCUUACCCGUUGGUUAGCACUUGUUUUGUUUCAAGAUGUUUAAUUUUUAAAAUAAUUACACAGGAUAUUUCAAGAAACUCAAAUUAAAAAGGGAUUCUCAAUACUCUUCAAUUUGUAAGGGAUACAUUUUCAUAAACGAUUCCGCACGUUGAUGAUAAGUAUGUACAGAUUUAAUUAAACUACCACUUAGGAAAUGUCUAUCUAUUAGAUAUUCAAUAAACUUGUUAUUUUAUAUAAUUAAAUGCAUUUCCUAAUCCCGUUGCCCGUCGACCCCCCCCCCCCCCCUUCAUUCAUUCUUUUAGAGCAAUACUCAUUUGCAUAAGAUUUGGUUAAUAGCUUUUAAGAUAUGGUUUAUGACCUUUCACAUUAUGCGCAUAAUUAUCUUCAUAAACAAAAGUGAAUCGUAGAAAAUAUUUUAACCGUGGUAGAUUUUGUUUAAUGUUGUCUUCGUUUAAAGGCCUGUAUUAUAUUUUCUCCAUGGAUAAUCAAACGUAUGAAAUAACUAUACCCUGCGAUAUUUUGGUAUUGCCUGUAUAGUGGUUGCGCCAAAAACAAAAGAGAAAUCUUUAUGCAAUUAAUCAACAUUUACAUUGCAAAAUUUAUAAUUGGUGGAUAGAUUUCAAGUAUAACAAAUCAAUUUGAACUUCUUAUUAAGAAACAAAUUGCUGAAAAUUGUCAAUAAAUUGUAGGAUUUAGGAUCGAUUUUCAGGAGCCAAUUAUUUGCGAUUGAUUAUAAACUAUGUUUCGUGUGUUGAUCCAUUCGCUUGGUCAACAUUAUUCAUCGUUGCAAAUGAUUUUUUUUUCUUCGGCAGCUUGCCCGGUUGAUAUUUGCGAUGUAAUAAUCAGUGGACGCCAGUCACGUUUAGCAUCGUCGCUAUCAUCACCAUGAUCAUGAUUAUUAAUAAUAAAUCUGGUUUGUACAUCGUACAGUAAUAAGGUUGAACUGUGUAA